AUGGCGCGGCGCGACUCCACGGCGGACGCCCUCGCCUGCUCCGUCAAGGGCUUCAGCUCCAUCCAGGCGGCCAGGAUGCAGAGCGACGUGGACGGCGACCCCUCCUGCAGCGGGGAUCCGCCCCUGGAGGAGGCCCGCGAGGACGAGGCCGCCGGCGAGGCCUCCUCGACGGCGGAAGGGGCGCAGGAGGAGGAGCAGCAGGGGCCGGAGUGGCCCGCGGAGGUCUUCCUAGAGCCUCACGAAGGAGGCGUCCCAACGGUCUCUUGUUCUGCGCUGCCCUCCUACGUCUCGCCUCCUGCUGGGCACGGCAGGAGGAGGGAGGGCAACGGCGACAUCCCCCGCGGGCGGGGCGGCAAGGGCGGCGUGGAGGCCGGCACGUGCGUGGUGGUGCUGGAGGCGCGGGGCGAGCGGCGGCCGAGCGACGCGCCCCCCGCGGGGCCCUCUGACGCCGUCGGCGCCGGCAGGAGCAGGCAUCAGGCUGCAGCGCCAAGGUGGGCGGUGGUCGCGGCGUCAGCGCAGCCUGCGGUGCCGGCGCCGGUGCCAAAGGAGGAGGCCCCGUGCCGAGUGCGCAGCGCCUCGCUCAAGGGCCGCGACUGCCCGGCGCCGCGGGGCCCGCAGGCCAGGGAGCGCCGCGACAGCCAGGGGCGGGGCGUCGGGCCACUCCGCGCGCGCCGCCCACCGCUCGCCGUCGCUCCCCGCCGCCGCCGUCUGGAGAACCACGUGAGCUGCGCGGGCGCGGCGGCGGAGCAGCAGACGCGGCGACAGGAGCCGGUGCCGGCGCCGCGGGCGCGAGGGGGGUCGGCGCCCCUGCCGCGCCCUCGUGAAGACCAACAGCGCGGGGCGGUGCGGGCGCGCGCGAGCUCGCAGGAGAGGAGGCGGUGUCAGGCGGAGGAGGCCCUCCCGAGGGCGUCCUCCGCGGGCCCCUCCCGCACCUCCCCUCCCCCCCUCAUCUGCCACAACAAGGUGUACCCCAACGGGCGGCCCCCCCGCGCAGCCGCCGCCCACGCGCCAGGGCAUGGAUUCGUGGGGCGGGCGCCGCAGCGCCGUGCACCGCGGGCGCCGCCCCCGACCGGCGUCGGGCAGCGGGCGCCCGUCGUCCCUUAG